CAAAGAAAAAAAAACAAAGAAAAUUAUGCCACAGAAGAAAUUUAGAUGAGUAAGAUCAGUAGAUACAAAACACCAACCACCAAGUAAUAAAUUCUCUUCCAUUUUAUGACUAAAGCACAAAAAAUUAGAUAAAUCUGUAUCAAACGUAAACUUAUUGCUUUCUUCCUUCUGGUAGUUCCCCAAAACUCAAAGUACUCUUUUUCUGUGUAAACAAAAAAAAAAUCAACGGUACUCUUUCUCUUCUAAGUUGUUGUUCCAUGGAGAAGAGUUUCCAGAAAUCAGCUCUCCUUGUGACCUUGACUCUCUUCUUCUUCAUUCCAGUUUCAAUCUCGGUUCCAUUCAUUCUGUUUCAUGGUGAUUAACAAUCUUUCUUCUUCCUCCUCUUUCCUUUUUUUUAUCGACUAGCUUAUGUAUAUUGCUUGACAUAGGGAUUAGAGAUCAAUGCUCCAAUGGUGGAGUGAGCAGCUUCGUACAGCUCCUUAGCAACCUCUCUAGCUCCCAUGGAUCUUGCUUGUACCGAACCAACUCCUUCUUUUUCUUGUUUCACUCUGAUCUUGUAAAAGGGUUUAAUUGUUGUCUCCUCCUUUGUUAUGUCUCAUCUUUGUAGAGAAAUAGGAAAUGGAGAGCAAGAUUCGGUGACUAUGCCGCUUACGCAACAAGCGAGUGUAGCGUGUGAGAAAGUUAAACAGAUGAAGGAUUUGAGUCAAGGCUACAACAUUGUUGCACAGUCUCAAGGAAACUUGGUAGCUAGAGGUCUAAUCGAGUUUUGUGACAAUGCUCCUCCGGUCUUCAACUAUAUAUCUUUAGGAGGUCCUCAUGCUGGCAUAUCCGACAUUCCCAAGUGUAAUUCUACACUUUGCGAGUUGCUGAAAACAGCGGUCUACACCGACUUCGUACAAGAUCAUAUUGCUCCAAGUGGUUAUAUCAAGAUUCCUACAGAUAUAAAAGAUUACCUGGAACACUCCAAGUAUCUGCCAAAGAUCAACAACGAGAGACCUAACGAAAGGAACACCACUUUUAAAGACCGGUUCACUAGCUUGCACAACUUGGUCCUUGUCAUGUUUGAGGGUGAUGCAGUAGUGAUUCCUAAAGAAAGUUCUUGGUUCGGAUAUUACCCGGAUGGAGCUUCCACACCUCUUUUGUCUCCUCAACAGACAAAGCUCUAUACUGAGGAUUGGAUUGGUCUGAAAACAUUGGAUGCUGCCAGAAAAGUUAAGUUUGUCAGUGUCCCUGGCGAGCACCUAAGAAUAGCGCAAGACGACGUUGUAAAACACGUCGUGCCUUACCUCAAGAACCAGCCUGCGUCUAUGAGUGAAGAUUUGGAGAUACUGCAUCUAUGAUUGAGACUUCAUUGUUAUGCUCUCUUAGAAUCAAAUUUAAAAGUGAAGAACUUUAGAGGCUCCUUUUUCUUAAUCAUAAAUCCAAAUAAUUUCAUCAUGUACAUUAUUCACCAGACAAAGCUAUACAGAUAAGAGUGGAUAGGUCUGAAAGCUGGAUGCUGCCGGAGAAGUCAAGUUUACGAGUAUCUCGGGUGAGUUGUGAAACACGUUGUCUCUACAUAAUGCAAGUUGGUCCAUGACCUCUUUAAUAUUGGACCCGAUCACUGUCAUUUUUGUGACAGGUAUUAGGGUCAAAUCAAUUAUUAUUUCCAAAGAAUGGGAGAACAUAUCAAACAUAUGGAAAAACGUUUUGUAAAACAUUAAUUUCUGUAGAGCCUACCGUAUUUAUAUUGGCACAAC